AUGGACGCCGCUUACGAUGUCCCGGACUCAACGGACUGGCUUCAUACACCUCUCAAGGACUUUGCGAGCCUCGAAAAUGCCCUCCAUUGCCAGAUUUGCAAGGAGUUCUACGACACGCCGAUGAUCACUACCUGUAACCAUACCUUCUGCUCCAAAUGCAUACGAACAUCGCUCUCAGCGGAUGGAAAGUGUCCCGCUUGCAGGACUGCUGAUCAGGCAAGCAAGUUGCGUAGCAAUUGGGCCCUUCAGGAAGUCGUAUCGAAUUUCCUCGCUGCGAGACCCGCUGCUCUUGUGUUGGCGCGCAAGGCGCAAGAAGAAACAGAUACACUCAAACGGCCAGGAAAGCGGAAACGAGCCACCGUACCAAAUUCAAGCGAUGCGGCAGAUGAGAGCUCAUCGGGGAGGACUUUGAGAAGUAAGAGUAGGCGGAUCGCAGCUUCACAAGAAUCCCAGCCGGAGCCAAUUGAGAUUGAGGACAGCGAGCCGGAGGAUGACGAAGAGCCUGAGCUCGAUGAUGGUCGAGUGGCGUGUCCUCUUGGGUGUGGCAAGCGCAUGAAGGAAGAGGAGGUCUUCAAUCACCUGGACAGGUGCGAAGACGAGAAGAAGCAAGCAAGUAAAGGCAAAUCCAGGCCACCUCUCAAUGGAUUUGCGAAAUCAAAGCCGCCUUCGAGUCAAACUGCGAGACCACAGGAUCGUACAAAUGAGCUCAACUAUUCCAUGAUGAAAGAGACGGCGCUUGCAAAAAAGCUUAAAGAGAUUGGGGUACCAAACUGGGGAUCCAAGCAGCUCAUGAUAAGUCGACAUAAAGAAUGGGUCAAUAUAUGGAAUGCAAAUUGCGAUUCCACUCGCCCUCGCACAAAGCGCGAGCUAUUGCAUGAUUUAGAUACAUGGGAACGAACGCAAGGAGGCCGAGCGCCAGUCGCGAAUGGGUUUAGCAGUACCAUUAUGCGCAAGGACUUCGAUCAAGGCGCAUAUGCAAAACGGCAUCAGGACGAUUUUAGCAGGCUCAUUGCAGAUGCGAGAAGAAAGAAGAACAAUCCCGCCGUCGAAAACAAGCAAUCACAAGAGGACGAUGACCAUGAGAGUAUGAAACCAGAAACCGAGGAAGGAAACGACAAAAGUUCGUUCUUCAUCAACGCAGACGGUGUGACUGGGAGAAGGCCAUCAAAUGGCUAUAGCCCGCCGUCGCUAAAGCAUUCUGAUUCAGGAGAUCCUAAGCCGUACGAGGACAACCCGGAAGCGAUCUCUUCCAUCCGAAGGAAGGUUGAAGCCAUUAACCGUGGAGAGCAGAUCACGCCAGUUGUGAAUCGAGGCUUUGAGAUUCCUAGCGCUGGUAUCGAAUCCCGUGGAUCCCCCCCUAGCGACACCAAAGAUUUCGCGCGAAGUCCGCAAGAAGAGUCGCAUGAACCUCCAAGCAUGUUUAAUGAGAGGAUCAUGCCAGCACAGGAGUCUUUCCCCAGCCAGCGGAGAUCCGAAAGCACACGCGUUGCCGGCUCGGCAUCUCCAGGUGACGCCAAAGCGACUCUUCGACGAGGAAGUAGCAGAGACGAACAUCUUGCGCAUGAGAAUACUGGGUCGCCCUGCGAUCUACCUUCACAUCUGCUCGACGACACGAAGAAAGUGCCGAUGUUCGCGGUGCCAUCGCAGCCCGUGAGAGACAUCGACGGAGGCGAAGGCAGUGGAACGCCGUAA